GAAACUUUUCCUUCCCGAGAUCUUCUCCCGUCUCUUUUCCCUGUCGCUGCCGCCUAAGCGAGCUCCCCACCGCCGGUAAUGGCGGAACCGGCAAACAGCGAGAAGCUAACGCAGUUUCUAAAGUAUGGCGUCUAUCACCUCGAAAGCUCGAACGCCGUUUUCAUCGACCCCGUCCGGGCGCUGAACCGCUCCUACUCGCUAUUCAAGGUCUCUCCUUUGAGGUAUUACUCUCGGUUCUUCGAACACAAGCCGUUGGGUACAACUGCAACCGGCACCUGUUCCAAUUCUCGUAAGCGGAAGCGGAAGGAGAAGCGGCCUCCUCUCGCUCUCAAUGAACGAGAACGAGCUGCCGAUCACCGUCACCAGGAAGUGAGACCUUUCCUGUUGAAGGCCCACGAAUCGUUGCUCAGAACUGAUGAACUCUUGUCAGUUUUGCCGAAUUUGAGGAGCGGCGAGGCUGCUCCGGCAGGAAACGAUGAAUCUGAGCUUCCUCAGCAGUCAUUUAUAGAGCUUGGGCGGCUGUGGCAAGCUUCCAUGUACGAGAUAUCUCUCAAUUUCCCUCAUUCUAGGGAACAAACUCGUGACGAAGGUUGUCAAAGGCUGCUCCCUAUAUUUGAUAACUUGGUCGCUAAUGACAUGGACGACGAUGUGGAGGCAGAAUUCCUUGGUAGCCGGUACAUUAUCCCGAGAGACAGCUGCUUCUACAUGUCUGAUCUGAAGCAUAUCAAAAACCUGGUUCCUGGUGAGGAUUCCUGUGGGUUCCAUCUUAUUGUAAUAGAUCCACCUUGGGAAAAUGGGAGUGCUCAGCAGAAAUCGAGAUACCCAACUUUGCCAAAUAGAUACUUCUUAUCCAUUCCUAUUAAGCAACUAGCCCAUGAAGAAGGUGCUCUUGUGGCUUUAUGGGUGACCAAUAGGGAAAAACUGCGAACAUUUGUAGAGAAAGAGCUCUUUCCUUCCUGGGGAGUCAGACAUGUAGCGACUUUUCACUGGUUAAAGGUGAAAGCAGAUGGCUCAUUGAUAUGUGACCUUGACCUCUUUCAUCAUAGACCAUACGAAAGCCUUCUCCUGGGCUAUUGUGAUGGCAAGAUAGUAGAUUCUGAAAAGCUGCCAAAAGGGAGAGAUAUACAUGAUAACCAAGUAAUGAUAAGUGUGCCUGGGGAUUACUCAAGGAAGCCUCCUAUUGAAGAUUUGGUGCUGGAGCUUGUCCCAGGGCUCAAGCCACCACGAUGUAUUGAACUAUUUGCCAGAGAAAUGAGAGCUGGGUGGCUCUCCUGGGGGAAUGAACCGCUCUACUUUCAAGAGUCGAGAUACUUUAUGUCAUGAAGUGGAUAAAAAACUAACAAUCAACACAUCAUCAUACUUCGCCCUGCUUCUCUGAAGCCUUUAGUGGAGCCAGACCUGUCCUUCCAUUGUUGUUCCCUGUCGCGCUCAGGAAUGAACUACUAAGAUAGGUGGGGCUUUUGAGUACGAGGUUUCCUCCUGCCAUGUUGCUUAACUGUUGUGUUUAAUGUCUCAAGCAGAAGUAGAACGGGCAUCUUAGUAAAUCGAGAAUGGAUAGUCUUGUGAGAUGACUUGGGAAGUUGGAACAAGAAAAAGAUUGCAGUCACGUAUGUGGUCAUUCACGUCACUCAGCAAUGGCAAACCAAGCUGCGCACUUCUCAGAAAUUCGAUCCCAUAGCUCUUGCAUGAUUGGAACCAUAUCUGAAGAGUGGACGCCCUGCUACUAUUGUGUUUGGUGGAAGUAGUACAUCAAAUGCGAAGAGAUCGUGAAACGCAUCCUAGCCCAUCAUCAAGUGAAUGUAGCCCUGGCACAGCCUUGCUUCUAAAUGGAACGAUCCGAUUCGUAACAUUUUAUCCCAUUUUUUCUGCCAAUUCUCAUGUACUAAAAUUUUGUAACACCCUAUACUAUGAUGGUCUUGCUGCUACUAAGAAAGCAAAGGAUGGAUUUUGGAUUAUGUUAUAUUCUAUUGCACUUAGCAGCUUUCCCGCACGGGAAUGUUCA